AUGGCACAAGCUCCGGCACGCUGCCCCAGCGCCAGGGGCUCCGGGGAUGGCGAGAUGGGCAAGCCCAGGAAGGUGGCGCUCAUCACCGGCAUCACUGGCCAGGAUGGUUCAUACUUGGCUGAGUUCCUGCUAGAGAAAGGCUAUGAGGUUCAUGGAAUUGUACGGAGAUCCAGUUCAUUCAAUACUGGCCGAAUUGAACAUCUGUAUAAGAACCCCCAGGCUCAUAUUGAAGGAAACAUGAAGUUACACUACGGUGAUCUCACUGACAGCACCUGCCUUGUAAAGAUCAUCAAUGAAGUAAAGCCCACCGAGAUCUACAACCUUGGCGCCCAGAGCCAUGUCAAAAUUUCUUUUGACCUGGCUGAAUACACUGCAGAUGUUGACGGAGUUGGCACUUUAAGGCUCUUGGAUGCAAUUAAGACCUGUGGCCUUAUCAAUUCUGUGAAGUUCUAUCAAGCCUCCACAAGUGAACUUUAUGGGAAAGUGCAAGAAAUACCCCAGAAGGAGACCACUCCCUUUUACCCUCGAUCACCAUAUGGGGCAGCGAAACUAUAUGCCUAUUGGAUUGUGGUGAACUUCCGUGAAGCAUAUAAUCUCUUUGCUGUGAAUGGUAUUCUCUUCAAUCAUGAGAGUCCUCGAAGAGGAGCUAAUUUUGUUACUCGAAAAAUUAGCCGGUCAGUAGCUAAAAUUUACCUUGGACAGCUGGAACGCUUUAGUUUGGGAAAUCUGGAUGCCAAACGAGACUGGGGCCACGCCAAGGACUAUGUAGAGGCUAUGUGGCUGAUGUUGCAGAAUGACGAGCCAGAGGAUUUUGUCAUAGCUACUGGAGAAGUCCAUAGUGUCCGGGAAUUUGUAGAGAAGUCAUUUUUGCAUAUUGGAAAAACCAUUGUGUGGGAAGGAAAGAAUGAAAAUGAAGUGGGCAGAUGUAAAGAGACCGGCAAAGUUCAUGUGACUGUGGACCUCAAAUACUACCGACCAACUGAAGUGGACUUUCUGCAAGGAGACUGCACCAAAGCGAAACAGAAGCUGAACUGGAAGCCCCGGGUGGCUUUUGAUGAGCUGGUGCGGGAGAUGGUGGACGCCGACGUGGAGCUCAUGAGGAACAACCCCAAUGCCUGA